UUUGAUCUCCUUGAAGUCCAGGGGACUCUGCUCUAUGAUAAGGAUAUAAAAAUGAAUAUUUCUUUAACAGUAGAGUCUUCUGAGUGGUGCUUCUUCUUCCUUUCUUUAUUGCUUCUCCUUCCAUCCUUCUGCACCUCUUCUACUCCCUCCUCUUUCUUUCAGGGGAGAAAUAUAUGCACCCUAAAGUCUCCAAUCAUGGGACUCUCUUCCCCAUGAGUCAGGCAUGGGUAGACCAUAGCUGACCACUAGGGAAUGAAUGGAAGCCGGUCAUAGAAAGUCAAAUUAGGAAGGGUAAGAAACUAAGAAACGCCUAGCGUUUCUUUUUUAAAGAUGGAGAAAUCUGGAGAGAAUGAUCGACUUAUCUCCAGCACACUGCUUGUGAGUUGUGAUCCUGUAUGUUUUAUGAUGUAUGUACUGUGUAUGAGGUAGGUAUGGUUUUAGGAAUCAUAGAGAUAGGAAUGUGAAGGGUAAGGAUAUUCCCAUGGAUGGAGCAGUACCAGCCUGUUGUUCAGCAAAUAUUUGUUGAGCUAGUUCACUGGAAGGAUGCAUCAGAAGGCUGAUUAGAGUGGGUUUAAGAGAGAGUGGAAGGAGGGGAACUGGAAAAGUGAGUAAACAAACUUAGAAAACUCCGUUUUCUUCAGAUUGGAUGAGAGAAGUGGGAAAGUAGUCGCUGGGAGUAGGGCCAGGAGAGCUAGGUUCAAAGAGGAAUUUCUUUUAAGCUGGAGAAAUCUACAGUAUUUUUUUCUGCUUAUGGAAAUGAUCUUGCAGAGAGAAGAACAUAACUGAUGAAAGAAAGAGUCUAAUGUGUCUGAGUGUAUAGGAGGGAAUGGGAUCAGUGAGCAAGUGGACUGAUUAGCGAGCAACACCUAAGAGUAGGUGGGUAUCUAUGGCAACGGAAGGCAAGGCAGGGUCUCACAGGACAGAUGCUUAGAGAUGCUUGCUUCUCUCUGCAUCAGCUUUCUAGAGAUAGAGGAAGUGUGUUAGCUUCAUAGGGCUACUGUAACAAGGUACCAGGAACCAAGUGAAGUUAGAAACUAGUUCCCUAGGGAACCAGAGCUAAGAGCAUGUAUAUAGAGAAAGAGAGUUGUUGUAAGGAAUUGAUUCACACAGUUGUGGAGGCUGAAAAGCUCCAACACCUUUGGGCAGCCUGCUGGAGACCUGGAGGAGUCCAUGUUGUAGCUCCAGCCUGAGUCCUGAGUCCAGCCUGAGAACCAGGAAGGCCGAGUGCAAGUUCCAGCCUGAAAGCUGGAAGGCUGAAGACCCAAGAAGAGCUGGUGUUUUAGUUUGUUGCUCAAACACAGCACUUUCAGACCAUGCUGAAGUCUAAGUUGAAUGUCCUAACACUGAAAAAGGAACCUCUGCCAGCAGUCAUCUUCCAUGAGCCAGAGGCCAUCGAGCUGUGCACGACCACGCCCCUGAUGAAGACCAGGACUCAGAGUGGCUGCAAGGUGACCUAUCUGGGUAAGGUGCCCACCACAGGCAUGCAGUUUUUGUCAGGCUGCACAGAAAAGCCAGUCAUCGAGCUCUGGAAGAAGCACACAUUAGCCCGAGAAGAUGUCUUUCCAGCUAAUGCCCUCCUGGAAAUCCGACCGUUCCAAGUGUGGCUCCAUCACCUUGACCACAAAGGGGAGGCCACAGUGCACAUGGAUACCUUCCAGGUGGCCCGCAUCGCCUACUGCACCGCCGACCACAACGUGAGCCCCAACAUCUUCGCCUGGGUUUACAGGGAGAUCAACGACGACCUGUCCUACCAGAUGGACUGCCAUGCUGUUGAGUGCGAGAGCAAGCUGGAGGCCAAGAAGCUGGCCCACGCCAUGAUGGAGGCCUUCAAGAAGACUUUCCACAGUAUGAAGAGCGAUGGCCGGAUCCACAGGAACAGCUCCUCGGAAGAGGUGUCCCAGGAAUUAGAAUCUGACGAUGGCUGAGUGAACUGAGAGAGCUUCAGCAGAGGCAGCAUUGGUCAAGGAAUUCAAGACGACAGACGGAUAAGCGAUGAUUCAAAUUUGGGAUGAAAAGACUGCCAAAUUAUUGGCUGACCAAGCUUUUUAAAUUCAGAAGAGCAAUUCUAAAUCUAAAGAAAUGUAUUAUUAAAGUAAUUACGUUUCAUUGAAAUCUGCUGCUGCUGUGACUAUGAGGAGGGUGGGAGUGUGGAUGGGGAGGGAAGUUCUAGACUCUUCUUCUUCUUUUUUUGGCUCAUUUUCCAAUGCCUCCAUUGUAGGAGUUCUCCAUGCCGAUUUCUCGCCACUCUCGGGCAAAUAUACUGCAGUUGUUAUUCAAUGCACCAUUCCAACUUGCCUUAUGAAACCCAACAAAAAUGUUAGAUGCACCUAUAGAAUCCCUGGUUGUGGGGGGAGAUGGUGCGUGCUUCUGCUGGCGAGGAGGCCUCUGGGCUAAAGGAACAACGCAGAGCUCCUCUCCCCUGGCUGGUUUCAGAUUCUCUCCUCAGUAUGCAAAUCAGCACAGCUUUAUUGAGCUUUAUAACUAACAACCUGAUAGUUGGCAGUUAAUUCACAGUUAAAGGCGAUGCUUUUAUUACAUUGUGUAUCCAGUAGCACCCUCUUCUUAUUGUAUUCACUUCAUCUAUUUUCUUAGAAUACUUGCAACUACUAAUAGCCCCUUUCCUCCGCCUGCCCCAUCCACCCUCUCUGCCCUUCCAAUUCACUACAUUAUCCCUGCAGGAUUGCAGUCUCAACCUACAUGGCAGGACAUCAAAAGGGAAGACAAUAAUAACUAAUGUAAUGAAAGAAUCAGUCAAACAAAGUGGGAGCUUCAAACCACCACCACCACCACAGAAAGUUCGGAAAAAGGGAAUGAGUAAUCAGCGAAUAUACAAAGCCCAUGUGGGCUGUCCUUUCUUCAUCUGCAACUUAUGGUAACUUAUUUAGUUGAUGGUUCUAUCUGAUGACUCUUUCACGGCAAGCUUCAUAUCUGAGCUGGUAUCACUAAGGAAGCGUUGACCCAUCACUCAACAUGGCACUUGAGUAGAGAACGGAUUCUAUAAACCAGACUUAUCCAGAGAACCUAUGUUCAUUCGCAAGGGAAAUCUGACCUUCUCUUCCAAUUGGAUUGAUAUCUUAGGGUCAGAGUUGCUGGUUUGUUGGGUAUUUCUAAUGAGAACUCACAAAGACAGCCUGAGUUUUCUUGGUUUGAUGGAUCUUUAAAUAUCAUAAAUGCAAAGAAUCAACAUUGAGUGACUGAAAGCAUUGGUGAAAAUCCACACAUUUAAGGCCAAGAGCAGAUGAACAGUCUUCCAGGUGCUUCUGCUCCUUUCUGAGAGUCUGUUUUGAAUCCUGGUAACCAUGUCAGGGGCCCUGGGACACCUUCCAGAAGCCUUAAAUGAGAGUUUAUAGAAUCCAGAAAGCAGUGGUGUCGGUGUUUUGGUCUGUGUAUCUGUGUGUCCGUUUAUGCAUUUGUGUGCGUGUACGUGUGCCCCCGAGCGUGGGUGCCAUCUUAAGGCAUGUAGAAUAAGCAUGGAGUUGUAUUGAGGGGAGCACACCUCCUGGAGAUCCGCUUGCUGCUUCACGACAAAUGUAAACUACUCUUUAGCAUAAAUGUAUUCAUUCUUUAAUAAAAAAUAUGUUUGCAUUAAAAAACC